AUGAAUAUCACUAUUGUCGGCGCAAACGGAGAGGUUGGCUUGUCCACCAUUGCAGCCCUUACGGCAUCCUCUACCAAAUUUAAUUUGACCGCGAUUGUUCGACCUGCUUCCAUCAACAAGCCCGAGAUCGAACAUAUCAAAAAGCAAGGCAUUUCGGUCGUACCCAUCAACCUUGAAAACAGCCAUGAUGAGCUUGUCAAGACUCUCACUGGCCAAGACGUCGUCAUCAGCGGUCUGGUCCCAUUCUCACCUGCUCCCGAGAUUGCUCUGGCAAACGCUGCCAAGGAAGCUGGAGUGAAGCGUUUCGUCCCCAGCAGUUUUGGUCCAAGCUGUCCUCCUGCUGGUGUCAUGAUUCUUAGAGAAUUCAAAGAAAUCGUCAUCAGCCACGUCAAGAAGAUUUACCUGCCCUACACUGUUAUCGACGUUGGCUUGUGGUACCAGGUGUCUCUCCCAGCUCUUCCAUCUGGCAAGAUUGACUACGCCCUUAAGUUUCCCACCACGGUAAUGGCCGAGGAUGGUUCUCAUGCUACUGCUAUCACGGAUCUCCGAGACAUUGGAAAAUACGUGGCCAAGAUCAUCACCGAUGAGCGUACUCUGAACAAGUAUGUGUUUGCCUACAAUGAGGUGUGGUCGCAGGAGCAAAUCCAUAGCCAUCUGGAGAAAGUGAGCGAAGAGACGAUUCCGCGCAACAAGGUGACAACAAAGGAGAUUGAAACUACCAUCGCCACAGCCCAGGCCGCAUAUGAUCAAAGUGACAAGUCUUUGCCUUUCCUCUUUGGACUUGUCCUUCCUCAGUACCUCAACUGCGAGUGGUUCCGUCAGGAUAACCUCCCAGAGCAUGCCAAGUAUCUGGGGUACCUCAGCACCAAGGAUCUCUAUCCUGACUUUGAAGCUGUCAAGUAUGUAGACUAUGUGGGUGAGGUGAUUGAGGGCAAGGGAAAGUCCAUCUAUGCCAACCGCGAGUUUUGA